AUGUGCUAUGGAGGUGAUCAGGAUGUUGAUAUGGUAUAUGGGGUGAUCAGGAUACUAGUAUGGGGUAUGGCGGUGAUCAGGAUGCUGGUAUGGGGUAUGGCGGUGAUCAGGACGCUGGUAUGGGGUAUGGUGGUGAUCAGGAUGCUGGUAUGGGGUAUGGCGGUGAUCAGGAUGCUGGUAUGGGGUAUGGUGGUGAUCAGGAUGCUGGUAUGAGGUAUGGCGGUGAUCAGGAUGCUGGUAUGGGGUAUGGUGGUGAUCAGGAUGCUGAUAUGGCAUAUGGCGGUGAUCAUGGUGCUUACAUGGGAUAUGGCGGUGAUCAGGAUAUUGGUAUGGUGUAUGGCAGUGCUUUUGUGAGUACUGGGAUUGAUGAUAGGUGCUGCCUGUAUUUUUUAUGAUUACUCUGACAGUGAUCAGGGACACAGGAGUGGCUGGCAUUGCACAAGUGUACAAGCAUUCUGACAGGAUACACUCACAGGCUGCAGCAUCGGUUCUCAUUGUGAACCG